AUGGGUUACGGGUUUCGCUGGGAAGGGUUGCAUCAGGGGAGGAGGGUUCGCAUAAAGCGGAGGGUUUUGCAGAGAGAAAAGGGUUUUACAGAGAGAGAGUUUCGUGCUCGAAACAGGCGUAGAGCUAAUGUUGGCGGACGUGGUUUGAAUGCUGAUGUUGAGGUACCUAGGAGGAGGCGCGGAAAUCCAGCCAUGAAAGAGUUUGCUGCUGGUCUGCAGGGGUUACAACAUGUUGUGCAACAACUUGUUGGGGUUGUCGUCGGACAACAACAGGAGGGUGAUCAAAGGCAUGAAAAUGUCAAUGGUCAACAAGAGGUUAGACAAGUUGAGCGUCAGACAACUGCUGCAACGAGGGGUAUUGAGGUUACUUUACCAGACUUCAUGAAGCUUAAACCCCCUACUUUUUCUGGGUCUAGUGCAACUGAGGAUCCACAACAAUUCAUUGACAGUCUAGAGCGGCUUUGGAGAGCAUUGGGUUGUUCUGAGGUAAGAGCAGUAGAACUGACAUCAUUUCAACUAAUAGGCGUGGCACGUGAUUGGUUUGAUAUAGUGUCACAUGGUAGACAAGUGGGGUCACCUCCGUUAGCAUGGAGAGAGUUUUCUCAGUUGUUCAUGGCUCGUUUUCUUCCGGAGAGUGUUAGAGAUGGAUUAGCUCAUGAGUUUGAGCGAUUGGAGCAAACAAAGAGUAUGACAGUUUCAGAGUAUAGUGCUCGUUUUACACAGCUCUCUAGACAUGCUCCUUAUCCUAUCACUGAAGAGAUGCGUGUUAAGAGGUUCAUUAGGGGAUUGAAGGAUUAUUUAUUUAGAUCUGUGGUUGGGUCGAAUUGUUCUACUUUUGCUGAGGUUUUGAGUUUGGCUCUUUUGAUUGAGCAACGACAGAAGGAAAAGGGAGGCAAUAAACAAGAUUCACAUAAUAAGCAAAGGAUUGAAGGAUCUUACAGUAACUAUUCAAACCGCGGUGGUGGAUCUAUGUUUGGUUAUCAGGGGCAACAAGGACUCAUGUCUCAAAGGGGUGGUCAUAGUGGGCAGUCUGUGGUUGGGUCGAAUUGUUCUACUUUUGCUGAGGUUUUGAGUUUGGCCCUUUUGAUUGAGCAACGACAGAAGGAAAAAGGAGGCAAUAGACAAGAUUCACAUAAGAAACAAAGGAUUGAAGGAGCUUACAGUAACCAUUCAAAUCACGGUGGUAGAUCUAUGUUUGGUUAUCAGGGGCAACAAAGACUCAUGUCUCAAAGGGGUGGUCAUAGUGGACAGUCUUCUGGGAUAGUGGAGAUUCAUAGAUCAGAUUCUGGAGCAGCAUCACAAUCCACCUUUCCUCAGAGACAUUCCGGUGUUUCAGCUACUCGAUGUUCUACUUGUGGUAGGUUUCACUUCGGAAAUUGUUCUAGAGAUGGUAAUCCUAAGGUGUGCUACCAAUAUGGCCAAAUAGGUCACAUCAGGAGGGAUUGUCCUGUAGACACGACACAUCCAUCCUCUAGUUAUGCAUCAACACCAACAGCUUUGGCAUCCUCUCAGACUCAUUCUGCAUCUGUGCUUCAGGGUGGAAAUUCUUAUGUCAGAGGUUCAGGAACAUUUCAGCAGCGAGGUAGAGGAUUUGGUGGUAGAGGUCAGAUACCAGCAGAAAGAGGUCAGGCUCAAGUGUUUGCUUUGACUCGUCAGGAUGCUCAGACAUGCAAUGCAGUAGUUACAGGUAUACUUUCUAUUUGUUCUAGAGAUGCUCAUGUUUUGUUUGAUCUUGGAGCUACACAUUCUUUUGUAUCCUCGUGGUUUGCUACUCGUCUUGGUAAAUGUUCAUCUUCUUUAGAAGAGCCUUUAGUUGUAGCUACACCUGUUGGAGGAAAUUUGCUUGCUAAGUCGGUGUAUCGUUGUUGUGAUAUAACGAUUGAUGGCAAGGUGUUUUCGGUAGAUUUAGUAGUUAUUGACUUGAUAGAUUUUGAUGUGAUUUUGGGUAUGGAUUGGUUGGCUUUUCAUCAUGCCACUUUGGAUUGUCAUGACAAAGUGGUGAAGUUUGAGAUACCGGGGCAAUCAGUCUUCUCGUUUCAAGGAGAACGUUGUUGGGUACCUCAUAACCAAAUCUUAGCCUUGGCAGCUAGCAAGUUAAUGAGAAGAGGUUGUCAAGCGUACAUAGCCUUGGUAAGGGAUACACAAGUGGCUGAAGAGAAAUUGGAAAAAAUUCCAAUAGCAUGUGAAUUUCCAGAUGUUUUUCCUGAAGAACUUCCUGGGUUACCACCUGAUAGGGAGAUUGAAUUCUCUAUAGACCUAGUUCCAAACACUCAUCCUAUAUCCAUACCUCCUUAUCGUAUGGCACCAGCAAAACUUAAAGAGUUAAGGGAACAACUUCAAGAUCUUCUUGAUAAGGGUUUCAUUCGUCCAAGUUCUUCUCCUUGGGGAGCACCCGUCUUAUUUGUGAAGAAGAAAGAUGGAUCCAUGCGGCUAUGUGUAGACUACCAACAGUUGAAUAAAGUAAUUGUGAAGAAUAAAUAUCCGUCACCCCGCAUUGAUGAGUUGUUUGACCAACUUCAAGGAGCUCAAUGUUUUCCUAAGAUUGAUUUGCGGUCGGGGUAUCACCAGUUGAAGAUUAAGAGGGAUGACAUAACGAAGACAGCUUUCCGCACACGUUAUGGACAUUAUGAAUUCCUGGUUAUGUCUUUCGGGCUUACUAAUGUCCCAGCAGCUUUCAUGGGUUUGAUGAACCGCGUUUUUAAACCAUUCUUGGAUCAAUUUGUGAUUGUGUUUAUUGAUGACAUCCUUGUUUAUUCCAAGAGUAAAGAAGAACACGAGCGACAUUUAAUGUUGGUUUUGCAAACCUUAAGAGAUAAACAAUUAUAUGUCAAAUUCUUAAAAUGUCAGUUUUGGCUGGAUAGUCUGGCAUUUUUAGGACAUGUUGUGUCUAAGAAUGGAAUAAGCGUAGAUCCAAGUAAGGUGGAAGCAGUCCAGAGUUGGCCCAGACCUACCACAGUGAAGGAGAUUCGGAGUUUUCUUGGCUUAGCUGGCUAUUAUCGACGUUUUGUGAAGGAUUUCUCAAAGGUUGCAUCUUCGUUGACUAGGUUGACCCCGAAGAAAGUUGAGUUCCGAUGGACUGAUGCAUGUGAGGAAAGCUUUCAAAAAUUGAAGGAGUACUUGACGUCAAGGCAUGAGGUGAACUAUCCCACACAUGAUUUGGAAAUGGCUGCCGUUAUUUUUGCUCUUAAGAUUUGGAGGCACUAUCUAUAUGGUGAAACUUGUGAGAUUAUACCGACCAUAAAAGUCUUAAGUAUAUCUUUCAGCAGCAAGACUUAA